AUGAAUACUAGGAGUGACCCGCUUUGUUCUCUCGAGGGCCGUUCUGAGGUCUACGGAGUCGGUAUUCGAUCUGCAUAUUACGCACAAUGGCUUGGCUCUCUUCUUAUAGAAUACCUUUCUGAGGAGAACCUCGCAGAUUUGCGAUCUAUCAGUCUGUAUUCUUCAGCAGCCGCAUCUAUAUCUCUUGUCAUUGGAGUCGCUUACAACUCCCUUGAGCCACUCGACGUAUACGUCUUACUUCUCCUAACUAUAGGUUUCUUCCUGUUUCAGAUUCCGUUAUACAUCUGGCGUAUCCUCACAAGAUGUCAACCUCACCUUGACCCGUUCCACUUGUCGAAGGAGAGCCAUGGUCAUUUCUACCAUCUCAUGAGUCUUACAGUACUCUCAGCGAACGUAUCAAUUGGAACAUGGUACUUCACAUCCUUUCUCCCUCAGCUUGACCGUGAUUGCCGUGACCUGGUCUUUCUAUUUGGCAAGGUCAGUCUGGAAAGUCGGGGGUAUACAACAGCUGGCUCGAUAUUCUUCAUUGGGGCUCUUGUUGGUAUUGGUGGGUUUAUCUUCCUGAACGCUUGUUGCACUAUCACCAAGUCAAGUUCGCGACAUAGGAGAGCAAGGGCGAGAAUUAUUUGGCGGCUCAGAGUACUCCGCGGAAUGUCUGGUUUCAUCAUCUUUACACUUUUAGUUCUAUCGAUCGAACUUCCUAUAAAGUGGAACCACAUCCAAGGCGUUGACGAAUUUACUACAGUCGCACAACUACUGCCCCUUAUGCUCACUAUUGGAAUAUUCCUACGAUCUUGGGCUGUUUAUGCCAGCGGAGCCAAGGAUACCUCGGGAAGACGAAGGCGACGCAGACCUCCUUCAACUUCCACUUCCUCUUCAUCAACAUCUACAUCUACAUCUACAUCGACCCCAUCAAGUAGCAACUCUUCUCAGGUCAUAGGAUAUUAUUAUAUGUACCCUGCUGACCAGAAUGAUGAGGAAGAACCUCAGUAUGACUACGAUGAUUACUAUGACUAUUAUAACGAUCACAAUGAUUAUCACAACAACUGCAAUAACUAUUCAAGUACAGCAGAAGAGGGCCAGACCCAAAUUCAGUGGCCACAAGGAGUUCAUUUCUCACGUUGGUAA